CGGCGGCGGAGGAGACUUAGUCUUGCGGCAGCGUCGCCCACGGCAUGGAAGGGGCGUGCGCGGGCGCGAGCGGGGCGUCACCUUGGGCGGCGGGGGCGGGCAGCUGCGCGGCGGCGGGGGCGCCUGGUGCGGCAGGCGUCAGCGCCAUGCUGUUCGGCGCGCUGUUGGCAACCCUGACGCAGUCCCACAAGGACCUCAGCGACGACAGCAGGUAUCCUCCGGAUGCGAUCGACGGCCUGCGCGAGCGCUACGACUUCGUGGUGGUGGGCGCGGGGUCUGCGGGCUCCGCCGUGGCGGCGCGCCUCUCCGAGAACCCCGACUGGUCGGUGCUGCUGCUUGAGGCCGGGGGCGACCCGCCCCCAGACUCGGACGUGCCGCCCCUCUUCCUCGCGCUCCAGAACACCGACGUGGACUGGCAGUACCGCACGGAGCCGGACCCCAAGAGCUGCCGCAGUCUGAAAGACCAGCGGUGCAACUGGCCGCGCGGCAAGGUGAUGGGGGGCACGAGCAGCAUCAACGGGCAGAUCUACAUGCGCGGCCACAAGUGCGACUACGACGAGUGGGCGGCGCUAGGCAACGCCGGCUGGGCCUUCGAGGACGUGCUGCCCCUCUUCAAACGCUCGGAGAACCUCGAGGACGAGGAGCUGUGGCGCGAGCCGCGGACGGCGCGGUUCCACGCCAAGGGCGGCCCCCUCACCGUGCGACCGCACGGCCUGCACUCGCCCGUCGGCGGGCUGCUGGUGGAGGCGGGCGCCGAGCUGGGCUACCGGCGGCUGCGCGACUUUAACGGCGCCGAGGCGUUCGGCACGGGCGCCAUCCACGGCACGCUGGCGCGCGGCGAGCGCUGCAACGCCGCCAAGGCCUUCCUGGGCGCCGCGCGCGCGCGCCGCAACCUGCACGUGGCCAAGCGCUCGCUCGCCACGCGCCUGUUCGUCGACCCCGCCACGCGCCGCGCGCGCGCCGUGCGCUUCCGCAGGGACGGCGACGACCACGACCGCGAGGUGCAGGUCGAUAAAGAAGUGAUAGUGUCCGCGGGCGUGAUCAACUCCCCGCAGCUGCUCAUGCUGUCGGGCAUCGGCCCCAAGUCGCACCUGGAGGAGCUGGGCAUCCCCGUGGUGGCAGACCUGCCCGUGGGCGAUAACCUGCAGGACCACUCCAUCUACCCGGUGAUCAUCUCGCUGGACGACACGCCGCUCAUGGACCCGAUGGAGCAGGCCUUCCUCUACCUCAAGAACCGCACGGGCCCGCUCUCGUCCCUCGACGUCACCUCCAUCACCACCUUCCUGCAGGCGGGCGUGCCGGCGGGGGCGGAGCCGGAGGGGGCGUGCCCCACGGGCCAGGUGCACUACUUCCACUUCCCGCGCGCCACCGCCGCCGCCGCCGUGGCGCUGCUGGAGCGCGACCUGGGGCUGCACGCGGAGGUGGCCGAGCAGCUGCGCGCGCUCAGCCGCAGGCGCGAGUUCGUCAUGGCCACGCCCAUCCUGCUGCGCCCACGCAGCAGAGGCCGCGUGCGCCUGCGCAGCGCAAACCCGCGCGCGCCGCCCAAGAUCUUCUCCGGCUACUUCCACGACGACCGCGACCGCGACGACCUCGUGCUGCUCAUCGAGGCCACGGCGCGGCUGGCGUCCACCGAGGCGCUGGGCGCCCUCAACGCGCGCCUGGAGCCCCUCGUGCCCGCCCCGUGCCGCUCCCACGCCUUCGGCUCGCGCGCCUUCUGGCGCUGCGCCGUGCCCGAGCUCGCCACCACCCUCUACCACCCGGUGGGCACCUGCAAGAUGGCGCCGGCCCACGACCCGGGCAGCGUGGUGGACGCGCGCCUGCGGGUGCGCAGGGUCAAGGGGCUGCGCGUGGCCGACGCCUCCGUCAUGCCCGUCGUGCCCAGCGGCAACACCAACGCACCCGCCAUUAUGGUGGGCGAGAAGGCCGCGCACAUGAUCAAGGAGGACUGGGGCGGACGGGCGCAAGCGGAGCAAGAGAAACUUUAUGUUGUAUCUGCGAAAACUGGUAAUAAUAUAGUAAUGUUUUCAGCGAAAUUAUAA